UUGCUCUGCUCAAAUCAUCUCUCCAUCCAUUCUGUUUCUUUCUUUUUCUCUAAGAUAUCAUUAUUCGUCAGCAGAAAUGGAGGUGAUGACAUCAUUGCCCCCGGCGGAGUUACAUUUCGGCGCUUCGCCUAAUAUCACCGCGCCUUUUACUCCUCUGCGUUUCGGGACUCCCUUUUAUAGCGCCCCCGCCAGCCCCGCCAUGGUAUCCGCCGCCGCCGAAACUAGCACCGGCAAUACAGCUCCGUUUGACUGGGAAGAGGAUAACGGCGACGGUUUCGCUUUUGAUUUUAGUGGGCAGUUGGAGAAGACCUCUAUCUCUCCGGCGGAUGAGCUCUUCGAAGGCGGCAAGAUUAAGCCUUUGAUUCCGCCGCAGGGGAAGGAGAACGAUUCCGAUCUCUUCCCCGCCGCGCCGUCCCGGAGCCCGGAGGACGGCGAUGGUUCAUCAAUCCAACGGGGAAGCGAAAAUAGCGGUAAGCCCCCAGCCCGCCGUUCGAAUUCUCGGCGCAAAUCGACAAGAUCUCUGUCCCCGACCCCGUUCCGGGCGACCCAAUCGCUAAUCGACCAAGACGAACCAGAAAUCGAAAUUCAAGAUGAAAAAGACUGUUCAUCAUCGUUCUUGUCGAUGUGGUACCGGAAAUUGAGACUAAAAGAUCUCUUACUCUUCCGAAGCGCGUCGGAGGGGCGAGAGAGCGGGAGAGGGAUGAUGAACAGAUACGCAAUGCUGCAGAAGAGGCAUCUUCAAGAAGACGCGAAGAAUUCGAGUUUCCGGUCGACGGAGAGCGUGGGGUCGACGUCGUCGCGGCGGAGAGGGCCGCUCUCGGCUCACGAGUUGCACUACACUCUGAACAGGGCGGCGUCCGAGGAGAUGAAAAGGAAGACAUUCUUGCCGUACAAGCAGGGACUGUUUGGAUGUUUGGGCUUUCACCGAACGGCGGCCGCGGCGGCGGUGGCAGCUGAUAUUUCUAAGGGCAUUCCUUCCAAGUCUAUGCCACGAAGCCGUCACCAAUGACUUCUGAGAAAACGUUCCGAUUUCUUUUUUUUUUCAUCAGUCACUCUCCCGUACCUAAAAGUCUUACUUUAAUUUCGUGCAAAUUUUGAUUAAAAAAAAUCGUGCAAAUUAAGUCAGAUUUUAAAAUAGUGAAAUUUGCACUAAAUAGGACUAAAACAUAAUGACUUUCUUAAUGUAGGACUUAAACUUUUUUAUUCCCUAAUUAGGACUUAAUAAUGACCUAGUGGAAGG